AUGGCAGAUUUCCUUAGGAGUGGGAGUGGUGGUGGUGGCGGCGGAGUAUCUUUUUCCGGUAGAACUUUGAAAGAAUUAAAAUGUGUUCAUAUUCUUCUUCCUAUUUUUCUUACUUAUAUUUCCGUUUCCGAAGAAGGAGAAAAAAAAGUCAUUCGAAGAGGAGAUGAAUCGAACUUGAGAAAAAAUGAUGAGAUGUGUUGUUGUUGCAACAUAACAUCCUUGUUAAUAUUUGAAAUGGAUUCCCAACGCGAGACAAUUCAUUCGACUUUUCGAGAAACCUGA